AUGCUUCUAUUUCUGGUUGCUGGCUUUGAAACAACUUCAACUGCUUUAGCAUGGUUUAUUCAUUUCAUGAGCAAAAAUCCACGAGUGCAGCAGAAGAUCAAGGCAGAGUUGAUGAAUGAUUAUGGCAACAGGCAAGAGCUUUCACUCGAACGACUUGAUUCAUUGGUGUACUUGGAUUGUGUUAUCAAAGAAGUACUUCGUUUAUCUCCUCCAGUCGAUGGAGCAGCUCGUACAUUAACUGCUGACGAUAGUCUUCCUGAAAGUGGCGCUCAUCUCUACAAAGGUGAUCAAGUAUUCAUUCCAUUUUAUGUGCUUGCGCAAGAUACUCAACUAUGGUCAAUUGAUCCAAAGCGUUUCUAUCCUGAAAGGUUUUUGGAUGAGGACAAGAACCAUCGUCCAUAUGCAUUCAUACCAUUUGGCGGUGGCCAUCGUCAGUGUGUUGGCCAAGAUUUGGCUCGAUUCGAACUGAAAGUAAUCGCAGCGAGACUAAUGCAAUAUGUAACAUUUGGUGAUGGUGGUUCUCAAAUCAAUGCAGGUGGAUAUUUAGCAAGGACAACUAUGAUGCCCAAACAUGUUGGCGUCACCAUUCAGUUUGACUGA